GAAAGAAAACGAAACGGAGAAAAAGACGGAGCGGGACGGGACCGGAGCUCCGUCUCCAAUUCCCCCCGAGGCCGAGACGGCGCCCGCUCGAUCCAGGCGCAGGCUAGGGUUUCCGCCGGCGGCCAUGGGCGCGCUCACCGACACCCGCAAGCGCCUCUCCGCCGACCACCGCCUCCUCCCCUCCUUCCCUCCCUCGCCCCCGCCGCCCUCCAAGAAGCCCAAGCUCGCGCCCCUCCCCUUCUCCUCCUCCCUCACCGCAUCCCUUCCUCCCUCGCCGUCGUUGCCCCCUAAUCUCCCCUCCUCCUCCUCGUCGUCCUCCUACGCCUCCGCUGCAGCUGCGCCGGGCCCCUCCUCGGCCGCCGCGGCGUCCACCUCGUACUCUUCCGGCAUCCCCUCCUCCACGCCCUACCGGCACCGCCGCCUGCCGCCGCCGCCGCCGCUCCCGCGCCCAAUCCACGGGCCACACCGCGUCGUCCGCGCGUUCCGCCUCGGCUCCGCCCGCUCCCGCUGCGGGGGCCCUUCCCCUUCGUCGCCGCCGCCGUGGCGGUCUCUCGGCCUCGAGCAGUAUGUUGAGCUCGUCAACAGCGUCGCCCACCUGCCGCCGCCAAGUCCUUCCUCCGCCGAUGCGCCGAGGACGAGGGUGGAGGUGAUCGCCGUGGAAGACGCGGAGGAGGGGAAAGACGACAAGGAAGAGCAUGAGGAGGAGGAGGUAAAGGGUAGGGUUGUGGUGAGGAGGACCCCCCUCUACAAGGAGCUGUACGAGGCAUCCAGCCGGCUACGGGAUGGCAAGCUCAGGACACUUCAGUUCGAGGUGCGCCUCGCGGAGAAGGGCCGCCUCGGCCUUGAGCAGCUUGCUGAUGUCCUCCCACGAUUCACUCCCAAGAAGAAGGAGGUGCAUGAACCUUUUGCCCCUCUUAUGAAUGAGGAUGAGAAUAGUGUUGAUCAUGCUCUUGGCAGUCGUAACAGACGUGAAAGGCUAGUGGUACAUGAAUCAUCAAAUAUUGUUAUAACAAGAGAGAUCUUGCAGUGCUUGAAUGAAACAGAGUGGCUAAAUGAUGAGGUCAUAAAUUUGUAUCUUGAGCUGCUGAAAGAGAGGGAACUGAGAGAACCUAGCAAGUUUUUGAAGUGCCACUUCUUCAACACAUUUUUUUACAAAAAGCUCAUUACUGGUGGGUAUGAUUAUAAGUCUGUUAGAAGAUGGACAACUAAAAGGAAGUUAGGUUACAGCCUAAUUGAAUGUGAUAAGAUCUUUAUUCCUAUACACAAGGAAGUACAUUGGUGUUUAGCAGUCAUAAACAUCAGGGACAAAAAGUUUCAAUAUCUGGAUUCUCUUGGCAGCAUGGACAUGAAGGCUUUGGGAAUUCUAGCAAGGUACCUUGUGGAUGAGGUGAAAGACAAGAGUGGCCAACAUAUUGAUGCUCUUUCAUGGAAGCAAGAGGGUGUAAAAAACCUUCCUUUGCAAGAGAAUGGGUGGGACUGUGGCAUGUUCAUGCUCAAAUACAUAGACUUCUACAGCAGAGAUAUGGACCUUAGUUUUGGACAGAAACACAUGUGUUACUUCCGGAGGAGAACUGCCAGGGAAAUUUUGAAUUUGAGGGCUGAAUAAACUGAAGUACAUACAGUGCCACCUAGAAUGUUCACCAGUGGUUGUCUAUGUAUUUUAGAAAUGGUGAUGCGGUCUUUCACGGAGUGCUGAAUGCACGGUUCACAAUUGCUCCAAUAAGCCACUUGUCACGCAACAUGUGGGAGUGCUGCUGAAGAUUGCAUCAGAACUGUUCCUUUGGCUGUGUCCAAGGUGGCUUUCAUCGCAAUGAUUUAUUGAUGGAGAAUGACAUAUGGUUUUCUGGCCGUCUGUAGACUAAGACCACAGUGGGCCAGAGAAUGGUAUGGUUGAAUUUAUGGCCAAGGGUGACUUAAUAUGUGCACAUUUAGCAUUUUCGAGUUCCCCCUUGCAGGCAUCCAGUCACAAGCAAGUUUUAUGUUUUUACAUGACCUGCUUUUGUGCAGCGAGAGUUUUCUGUAUCUCUUUCCUUUUUCUUCUCUUUCCUUUUUCCUCAAUAUGUAUAGUGUUCCUACCCUGAGAAACAUGUUUGUGGAAUGCCUGCGUAGGCCUGUGCUGUGCACUUCAAAGUUUCUUAUGAUAUAUGUAAUCGGUUGAGCAUGAUGGUGGUACCGAACGUAUUAAGGUAACGUUCACACAUUAAGACAUAAAUCAAAUGAUCAUUUUUUGUGUGUUAAAGUAAUCAAGCAAUUUAGGGCCAAGGUUGUAAAUCUGAGUUGUGUUUUUUAUGUUCCUUGGAUGU